GUAUAAUUUAAUAAUACUCUAUUACAAUAUCCAAGCGGACAAUGAUGAACGCUCUGGCCAAGCUACUAUCUUUUAUUUAUUUAUUCUGUUUCUGAUAAUGUUUGUGAUUACUCCACGUUUUUCAAUGAGUUGAUUGAAACCCAUUAAGCACAAUCACUGCCGAACUAAAAUUUGGGGGUCUCUGUUUCUGCAUUUCCACCAUGAAUGUGAUUCGCAAGCUCUUGAACGUUGCAAUUCCCGCAGCAAUGGUCGUUGCCCUCUUCUUCUUUUUGCCUUCACUUCUGUUCGUAAAGUUCAUUUAUAGUUCAUUUAGAAGGUCCAACAUCAGUGAAGACGUGGCCGGAAAAGUAGUGCUCAUCACCGGAGCAUCCUCCGGCAUUGGCGAGCAUAUUGCUUACGAGUACGCCAAGAGAGGAGCUCUUCUGGUGCUCACUGCAAGAAGAAAAGAACGUCUGAGAGAAGUUGCAGAGAAAGCCAGGAAGCUGGGGUCGCCUGAGGUUAUGGUGGUCCGGGCAGAUGUUUCCAAGGCUGAUGACCGUGAGAGAUUUGUUGACAAAGCCCUCCAUCGCUUUGGACGAUUGGAUCAUCUGGUGAACAAUGCUGGGAUUGCUCCAGUUCACAUGUUUGAGGACUUUGCCCUGAUUUCUGAUUUGGCUCCUGUUAUGGAAACCAACUUCUGGGGUUCAGUUCACAGUACCCAUCUUGCAAUUCCACACCUGAGGAAAAGCCGAGGGAAGAUCAUAGUGAUUUCAUCAAUGAAUGGACGGUUCCCACUUCCAAGAAUGAGCUUAUACAAUGCAAGUAAAGCAGCAUUGAUAAGCUUGUAUGAGACAUUGAGAGUUGAAUUGGAUGGGGAUGUUGGGAUAACAAUUGUCACUCCUUGGCUUGUCAAUACCCAAGGAGAGUUUCUCUCAAAGCUAGGCCUGGCUGAGGGUGUGAUGAAGUUUAUCCCAGUGAAGGCUGCUGAUGAAUGUGCAAGAGCAAUCGUGGAAAGCGCUUGCCGGGGGGAUGAGUACUUGACACUGCCCUCUCAGGUCAGGCCAUUGUUUCUAUGGAAGGUUUUCUGUCCUGAGGUGGUGGAGUGGUUUAACAGAUUGCUUUUUCUCUCUCAGCCUAAAACCCUAAUGAAGGACCUCAAUUUUAAUCUGGCAGAUGAAAAAUUCCUCAAGCCAGGGCACUAGGUUUGGAUUAUAGAUGGGUUUAUGGGAUAGCUUCGGUAGUUGUUUGGUUCUUAUCGAAUUCUUUCGAAGUUUGGGAAUAAGGUCUUUGAGGGGGAAAGAAUGUGUGAAAGUUGGAAUGAACUAAAUUGUAGUUUUGAACACUUGAUGGAUCCAUGUAAUCUUAGAAUCCAUAAUAUAUGAUUGAUUUCUUAAUCCUUGCAGGUAUUUUAUCAUUGGAAAC